CAUCCUCUGAUCUCGUCUUCAAACUGUUAACACUGAAUCUGAAUUCCAACCCAAACCAAUAAAUUCCCCACAAUUUGCUACUUUAAAGUUUAAGCAACAGAGUCCUAAAAUUUGUAGCCAUUAAUCAGCGUAGAAAUAUAGCAGCAGAAUUCUUUCGAAUUAUAUUUAUAGAAAAAAAUGGUGAACAGAGGCCACAGGACAACAAGAAGAACAUCUCAUUUCUCAAUCACUCUCUAUAUUUUCCUCCUCUUUGUUUUCUCAAUAUUCGUUUUCGUUUUGUACUCUAAAGAUAUAUCAGAAGAUGAGCAAAAUCGUCUCGUAGUAUCGGAGAAGAAGGAGCCCGAAUCCGAAGAGAAUGCAGAUAAUUCUGUCUGGGAAACUUCACACAGUCAUGGUUUACAUCCAUGUGUCAAGCCAACUGUGAGAUAUAAAGCUGCUCUAGGAUGGAAUCGCUACUUGACUGUAAAAAGUAAUGGUGGAUUAAAUCAAAUGAGGACGGGUAUAGCUGACAUGGUGGCAGUGGCACACGUAAUGAAUGCAACUUUGGUAAUUCCUCAAUUGGACAAGCGAUCGUUCUGGCAAGAUUCAAGUACAUUUUCAGAUAUAUUUGAUGAGAACCAUUUCAUUGAAACAUUACAAGGGGACCUCAGGAUUCUUAAAGAGCUUCCCAAAGAAAUAGAAUCAUUACCUCGAGCUAGGAAGCACUUUACGUCAUGGUCAGGAAUGGGUUACUAUGAAGAAAUGACACAAUUGUGGAAGGAGCAUCAGGUAAUUCAUGUUGCUAAAUCUGAUUCUCGCCUUGCAAACAAUGAACUGCCUCUUGAUAUUCAGAGAUUAAGAUGUCGUGCUCUAUAUAAUGCUCUCCGCUUCUCUCCUCCUAUUGAGAGACUUGGAAAGAAGCUUGUGGACCGGCUCCGAACAAGAGCAAAUAGAUAUGUUGCACUCCAUUUGAGAUAUGAGAAGGACAUGCUGUCUUUUACUGGCUGUACUUACGGUCUUACUGAACUAGAAGCAGAGGAGCUUCGCGUGAUGAGAGAGAAUACAAAUCAUUGGAAGAUUAAGGUUAUCAACUCAACUGAACAGAGAAUUGAUGGUUUCUGCCCUCUCACUCCAAAGGAGGUUGGAUUAUUUCUUCAGGCUCUUGGUUAUCCUCUGUCAACAUUGAUUUAUAUUGCUGCCGGAGAAAUUUAUGGUGGUAACACUCACCUCUCAGAGCUCACAUCUCGCUUUCCUAAUGUUAUUUUCAAGGAAAUGCUGGCAACGCCAGAAGAACUGAGAGGGUUUGCCAAUCAUGCCUCACAAACUGCAGCACUCGAUUAUCUCAUCUCUGUAGAGAGUGAUGUUUUCAUUCCAUCACACUCAGGUAAUAUGGCAAGAGCAGUUGAGGGGCACCGCAGAUUCUUAGGCCACCAAAAAACAAUCACUCCUGACAGGAAAGGCUUAGUUGAAAUAUUUGAUAAGCUGGAAGCUGGUCAGCUUGAAGGACCAUCAUUUUCACAUCUUGUCAAGCAUUUGCAUAAGAACAGGCAAGGCGCUCCAAGAAAAAGAGCUGGUGCUCCCCCGGGAGUCAAAGGUCGAGCAAGAUCAAGAUUGGAAGAGCCGUUUUACCAAAAUCCACAUCCGGAGUGUAUAUGCAGUUCUAGAACCCAAGUGGGAAAAUAAAGGGGUUACUUCUUGUCUGCUUCCAGCCAGCAGGUCUCUCUUGUUCUCAGUCAUCUAAAUGCCUGAAAUCAUAUUUUUUCAACCAUCUUAUUCAACUUCAGUUUCUCUGUUCCUGAUUAUUUGUUGGCCAUUUUAUCUAUGGUGGGAUGGCGGUAACUAAGCUUUCAAUUUUUGUACAUUAGACUAGUGAUUAAGUAUCUUGGUACAUAUGCAAUAUGGCCUUUUCUUGUCCAUCUCUGGCACUCAAUCCCUCUUGCACCAAAUGUUUUUCAGUAUUUAUCUUUGUAAACAAAUAAUGGUAUAUUGGAAUUAGGAGCAAAAACUGUUUAA